AAAUUCGCACAACUCGUAACUUUUUUGACAGCUUGCGGCAGACAUUCUUCGUGGUUGCGCACAUUCUCGAGGUUUUGCAGUGUAAAAAGUUUUAGUAAAAUCAAAAAAUGUCGUUCGCCCUGAGAAGCACUGCUCGUUUGGCCGCCUCGGUCCGCCCGGCUCUGCGUUCGAUGCAGUUCCGUGGCUACGCCGACGAGAUGGCCUUCACGCUGGCCGCGUCCAACAAGGUGUACUACGACGCUGCCAACAUCCGGCAGGUGGAUGUGCCCUCCUUCAGCGGUGCCUUCGGUAUCCUGCCCAAGCACGUCCCCACUCUGGCUGUUCUGAAGCCAGGAGUCGUCACCGUCUACGAGCAGGAUGGUGCUACCAAGAAAAUCUUUGUUUCCAGCGGUACCAUCACCGUGAACGAGGAUUCUUCGGUUCAGGUUCUGGCCGAGGAAGCUCACCCAAUUGAAGAUCUGGACGCCAGUGCGUGCCGCGAGAUCCUGUCCAGUGCUCAGAGCCAGUUGUCCUCCGCCUCGAACGAUAGGGAACGUGCCGAAGCCGCCAUCGCUGUUGAAGUUGCUGAGGCUCUGGUGAAAGCCGCCGAAUAAGCGUGAUCGCAGAGAAUACUGCCAUCAGUUAAAACUUUUGUUAAUACAAUUAAGACCUACACAUUCAAGACCGACAAGGCAAUAGUGGAACCGAUGGGAUGGAUGGAACAUUUUCGGAAAAAAAGAAACACCUUAGAGUACAGUCACGUUGCAGUAACCGAAGAAAAAGAAGAAGGGUUAAUAAAUUCAAGCAGACAGCGAGUUUAGAAGCGUA